CGCGGCCCCUCCCGCCGCCGGGACUGGGUCUUCCCGGGCUCGGCAGCUGGCGUCGAUUUCUCCGUGCUUUUCGGCGGCCUCGCACGCCAGCGCCUUCCGUCUCCCGCCCGGCCCUCUCCCGGUCAGCCCGGCGGCGGGGCCAUGGCGUGGCGGCGGCGGCGGCCCGAGGCCCGCGGCGGGGCCCGCGGCGCGCUGGCGCUGCUAGCGCUGGCCCUGUGUGCGCCCGGGGCCCGGGGCCGGGCGCUCGAGUGGUACUCGGCCGUGGUGAGCACCGAGUACGUGGACCCGCAGACCAACCGGAGCGUGCGGAGCGUCUCGGAGAGCGGCCGCUUCGGCGAGAGCUCGCCCAAGGAGGGCGCGCGGGGCCUGGUGGGCGUCCCGCGCGCCGAGGACCGCGACCCCGAGGGCUGCGCGCCCCGCACGCGCUUCCUCGUGCCCGGCGGCCGGGGGGCCGCGCCCUGGGUCGCGCUGGUGGCGCGCGGGGGCUGCACCUUCAAGGACAAGGUGUUGGCGGCGGCGCGGCGGAACGCCUCGGCCGUGGUCCUGUACAACGAGGAGCGCCACGGGAACCUCACCGCGCCCAUGUCCCACGCGGGAACAGGAAAUACAGUAGUCAUUAUGGUUAGCUACCCAAAAGGAAGAGAAAUUGUGGAUCUGGUGCAGAAAGACAUUCCGGUCACAGUGACCAUAGGGCUCGGCACCCGGCAUGUACAGGAGUUCAUCAGCGGUCAGUCCGUGGUGUUUGUGGCCAUCGCCUUCAUCACCAUGAUGAUCAUCUCGUUAGCCUGGCUAAUAUUUUACUAUAUACAGCGCUUCCUAUACACUGGCUCACAGAUUGGAAGUCAGAGCCAUAGAAAAGAAACAAAGAAACUUAUUGGGCAGCUUCCUCUUCAUACUGUAAAGCAUGGAGAAAAGGGAAUUGAUGUUGAUGCUGAAAGUUGUGCAGUGUGUAUUGAAAAUUUUAAAGGAAAGGAUGUUAUCAGAAUCCUGCCAUGCAAGCAUAUUUUUCAUAGAAUAUGCAUUGACCCAUGGCUUUUGGAUCACCGAACGUGUCCAAUGUGUAAACUUGAUGUCAUCAAAGCCCUGGGAUAUUGGGGAGAGCUUGAGGACGUGCAGGAGACCCCCGCCCCAGAAUCUCCCCCCGGGGGCGUUUCGACUGCAGAUCUGAGUCUUACUUUACCAGAUGGUGACAGAAGUGACGCGGGCAGCUCAGCACUGCCCACCACCAGCGACUCCACGCCGCCUUGCGAGGCCAGUUUUAAAGAGGAUGCAGGUGAAAACACGGCCUUGCUGGGCUCCAGAAAGGAAAUGAAAUUUGUUUCCUUGAGUACUUGACUACCCUUGAGAUAUUUCAGGACAGAGACAAGCAGGAGUGACCCUCAGCUUGAAGGACCUGUCUCCUAGCGUAUAACCUGCCGGCAGUGUCACGGACAGAGCCUGGGCUUGAAUUAAAGGACAUUUUAUUUUUUUUACUUUAGGACAUAGUUUGUAUAUGUGAAAAUAAUGUACAUUCUUUUACCUUUCAGGUUCUGAUUUGAUGUACAAAGGGCUAAGAUACUUUAUUCUUAAAGAGAAUUUUUGAUUAGUCUUCAUAUAUUUAUCUACUAAAAUGUAUCAUAAGAUUCUUUCUUCUUAAGGAUGGUUCUAGACUAAGCACAUUGAAUUCAGACUAGUUGAAAUGGAGUUGUGUGAUUAUAUUCUGUAACUGAUCACAUGAGUUUCCCUGGAGGAAAGACUUUUUUAGAACAUUAAACUUGUAAAUGUGAUGAGAGAAAUCGAUCGCUUCCUUGCACCUCUGUACUAUAGAGAGAUUUCCAAACCUUAGAGCACUUUCAUUGUUGUUUUUUAUUUGGAGUUACGGGAAAAGCACUGGUUGACUUUAGGAUUUGCAUUUCUCCCUUUCAUUACCUAAUUUCUUCUAACAACCUUGAUGGGGAGGAAAGUUUUGUCCAUUUUUUUCUAUACAAAUAAAAAAAAGCUACGAUUCCGUAUUGCGCACGAGCAUGAAGUUCUUCAUUGCUUGUUAAAGAAAUGGAGACUCUGAUGGCCUCUGAUACGGCGUUUUGGGGGGUAAAUGAUGAAUAUACUGAUUCCAACUGCAAUUUAAUCUUUACAGUUAUAAAGGGCGGUAGAUGGGGACUUUUCAUUGCUGUUGUAACAAAAUAAACAAGUAACCAGUUUUCUUGAUUAAUUUUAAAGCAAA